UUGUUUAAAAAUUUUUAAAACAGACACACACAUCUAUAAUGUGUUUUAUCAGCAAUUUGGGACAUAUUCUAUAUUCUUUUCUCUUUCUGUAAGGAAUCAGUUUACUCAUAAUCGCCUCUGCUGUGCUUAUUUGUAGCGUAAAACAUGUCCAAUGUGUGCUGGUGUCAUCUUAGAAUUAUAUAUACGCAAUAUAAAGCCAUUUACGUUUAUUUAUGUCCACACAUUCAGUGUAAAAGUGUGUAAGACUGCCAUGUCGUUGGGGUGGGGAUGGGAUACACCACAUGGCUUGGGUGAUAAGAGGAAUCCAAAAAGCCAGGACAACACCUCCACCCCUUAAAACGUGACAUGUGAUGUCACUUGAGUUUGUAAGCGUUGAUGAAAACGGUAUUGUUUCCACAAAUUUACUGAACUCCACUAAGGAAAUGUCACUGUCACCAAAUAUUUUACGGUUUACAUGACUUCGAAGCAGUGUCAUCUAAUCAAAUUAUAUUUCCAAGAUAUCCAUGUUAUGGUGUUUCUGGGUUUCGGCUUCUUGGCUACGUUCCUGGUGCGCUAUGCGUUCAGCAGCUCGGCAUUCAGCGUGCUGGUUGCUGCCAUGGCCGUGCAGUGGGCCACCAUCCUAAACGGCUUCCUGUGGUCUUACCCUUCUGACUGGAAGAUCCAAAUCCAGUUAAAAAGUUUGGUAGAUGCUGAGCUGUGUGCGGCUUCGACUCUCGUGGCUAUGGGCGCCGUCCAAGGAAAAACCAACCCGGUCCAACUUCUGAUAUUCGCUCUGAUAGAGGUCACAGGGUUUGUGGUAAACCAGUGGAUCAUAAAAACAGUGUUCCAGACAGGGAUACGGACACAGUGGCUGUACAGCAUCGUGCUGAUCAACAUCUUCGGCGCUUUCUUUGGCAUGAUGACAUCGCGCUUGCUUUUCCAUAGCGAGAUGCAGACAAAGCAUGAGAAAGAGAAGGUCAGCAGGACGACGGGCCUCUUUGCAAUGUUUGGGACUUUGUUCCUCUGGAUGUUCUGGCCCAGUUUUAACUCAGCACAGGAGUGGAAAACCAGUGUGAUCUGUAGCACGUAUCUGUCUCUGGCUGUCAGCGCCGUCACAGCAAUGGCCCUCUCUGCGCUCUCCAGCUCUAAAGGCAAGAUCAACUUGGUGCACGUUCAGAGCUCCAUGCUGGCCGGUGGCGUCGCAGUCAGCGCUGUCGUCACCUCGACUCACGAUCCCUGGGUCGCCAUGACGAUCGGCUUGUGUGCUACCCUUUUGUCAAGUCUGGGAUUUCGAUAUUUGAAGGACCAUUUGCUAAUCGCUUUUGAUUGCCACGAUACUGUCGGUGUCCUGAUUGUUCAUGCAGUGCCAGGAAUUCUGGGAUGGUUUGCUGAACUCAUCUUGCGAGUGACCAAGCUCAACUACACCAUUGCCGUCAAGUUUGCGGUGUAUCACAUCUGUAUUAUGCUCGUCACAGUCUGCGUGAGUCUGAUUAUGGGUGUUAUCACAGGAUUGAUUUUGAAAUGGAGUUUCUGGAAACCUCAGCAGUACAAUAAGUACUAUGAUGACCAGGCCUACUGGGAGUUCCCACAUCUGCGGGAGCACAAGUGAGACCAAUGUCGAAGACCCUGAGGAAAAAUUCUAACAAUAUGAGGACUCGUGUUUGCAUUUUCUUUGUAUGAUUUAUCUGGCGUUUGUGUGUACGCGCCUUGGAUUGGGAGGGUCGAAAUAAACAUUCAAUCACGUUCAGUAGGAUGAAAAUGCAUUCAGGUAUGGCGGCAGGUAAUCCGAGACUGCCCAAACUGAACGGUGAUGAAGGUCAAUGCUCUUAUCGGCUUAUUUUCGAAUGGCUUUUUUAAUGUUACUUCACAUAUAAAAACGGGAAUUUUAGUGGUAGACCAUUUACAAACCACCUGGCAAGAAUUUGGGAAGGUUUUCAUGUUUUUCUACAUUUAUGAAUAAAUGUAUAAAUGAACAAAAAUGUCAUUCUUGAGGAUUAUUUUAAUUUUAGUUAGUAUUAUUAACUCGUACAUCUGCAUUUUAUAUACAUUAAAAGGCCAAAAGUACGGCAUUUCAAAUACAGUUUAGAAUGAACGUAAUUUCUCAACAACCAACAAGUUUACUGGAAUCUAGUUUAAGAAUUUUUUUUUUUUACAAUAUUCUCUUUCCAUUAGUUUGACAUUUUACACACUCUUUGAUUUACAAACUCUGAAUUUAACCAUUAACUCCUUUAAAUCAAGCCUGUAUAUACAGUCAUGUGAAAAAAUUAAUACAUCAAAUAUGUCAAAAAGGCCAACAAUUUCUAUGGGGAGUACUUAUUUUUUCACAUAACGAAUUAGUAUUGCAAUAAAAUGAAUUAUAUUGUAUUUUUAGUAUUGCAAUCAAAUAAAUAUUUUUAAUAUGAAGAAAGAGG